AUGGAGAAAGUUUUCCGGCGUUCCACGACGAAUCAGACAAAUUUGGCACCAAGUUAUCGACCCUGGAGGGAUGAAAGGCUUAGUUCGCACUGGAGCGGAAUUGAACCUCCGACCGAUCAUCGUGCAGCCACAGCGGAACCUCUUACCGACUGCGCUACCCUGCCACAUUAUCUUAUACACCACUCAAUAAAGAAGAGAUCUCUGUUAUCCAGUGUGGACAAAAUGAGGUGUAUGCUGAUGGUUCUGCUGAACGACGACUAUAUGAAUGUCAUAUAA